GCCCCGCAGACUAGCCGGCUUCUGGGCUUUGUGGUUCGCCGGUGCGGCUGGGCCCCUGCUGGGGGUGUCGUUACGAGCAUGUGCAGACAGCAGCCCAAGCCUUCAGGAUAAUUCCUUCAGCAGCACCGCUGUAACAGAGCGAAUUCAUGGUGAUUACUUCUGGAACCUUUUGGUAGAAGUCACUCUGAAAAACUUUUCAGGAAAAAGGUGUGACGAAGACACAGUCUCUCUACAUGAAGAUCAGACUGAUUGUUCCAGUCUCAGAGAUGAAGAUAAAGAGAAUUACCCGGAUGCGGGGGCUCGCGUAGAGGAGCAGGUGGUGCCCGCCCGCGAGGCGCGACAGCAUGUAGAGCAGACCCUGCUGGUGGAUGGUGUGUUGCGACCCAGCAUGGGCAACUUCAAGUCCCGGAAACCCAAGUCCAUCUUCAGAGCUGAGAGCGGAAGGAACCACGGAGAGAGCCAGGAGACAGACCAUGUGGUGCCCAGCCAGUCAGAGUACCAGGGUAGAGUGGGGACGCCAACUUGUGAGAGUCCACAAAACAACACCUUCAGGUGCCAAGAAACAGUGAGACUUCAACCACGAAUCGACCAGAAAGCUGCCAUUUGCCCAAAGGAUGCUUUUGAAACACAGCAGGACUUAAAUGAGAAUUCCUUGCUGAAGCUCCAAGCCCUCGAAUCUGAUCUCUGCUCUGCAAUUUUGACAAACCAGGAAGAAGCUGUUCAGGUGCAUGGAUUCAAGGACCCAGCCCCAGCAUCGACCCAGAAUGUUCCUGCUGAUGGGGCGGAUUCUGCAGAUCCUAUGCCAGUCCACAAAGAAGGGCAAAAUGAAGCCGACAGUGCACCAGAAGACCUCCAGUCUGUCGGGACCAGCAGACUGCUGUAUCAUAUCACUGACGGCGACAACCCACUGCUGUCACCACGAUGCUCCAUCUUCAGCCAAAGCCAGAGAUUCAACUUAGACCCUGAGUCAGCCCCGUCUCCACCCAGUACUCAGCAGUUUAUGAUGCCCCGAAGUUCUUCACGGUGCAGCUGUGGUGACGGCAAGGAGCUGCAAACCAUCACCCAACUCACCAAGCAUAUCCAGAGCCUCAAGCGCAAAAUUCGGAAAUUUGAAGAAAAAUUUGAACAGGAAAAGAAAUACCGGCCUUCACAUGGUGACAAGACUUCCAAUCCUGAAGUCCUGAAAUGGAUGAAUGAUUUGGCUAAAGGUCGUAAACAGCUCAAAGAAUUAAAGCUGAAGCUGUCAGAAGAACAAGGGAACAUUUCUAAAGGCCCACCUCGAAACCUGUCCUACGAGCAACCCACAGUCCCCAAAGAAAAUGGGAAGCCAGAAGCUGCAGGCCCUGAUCCAAGCUCCUCUGGAGAAGAGACUUCAGAAGCUAUAUUGACAAGCCUGAAAGAGAAGAGAGAGCAGCUUCCUCCACAGGAAGACUCUAAGGUAACUAAGCAAGACAAGAACCUCAUAAAGCCUCUUUAUGAUCGAUACAGAAUUAUCAAGCAAAUCUUGUCAACGCCUUCCCUUAUUCCAACAAUUCAGGAGGAAGAGGACUCUGAUGAAGACUAUCCACAAGGAAGCCAACAACCUCCUUUACUAGAUCCAGCAUCUCACCUUUCUGUUGAUGAUCACUUUACCUACUCUAGUGAGAUAGAGCCGGUAAGAGCACUGCUAGCAGAUGAAAAGAAAGAAGCAAAACAACCAGCUCUCUCCAUGUCCAAUUUACAUGAGGCUACCAUGCCUGUACUUCUUGACCAUCUUCGAGAAACCAGGGCUGACAAAAAGAGACUGCGGAAAGCUCUAAGAGAAUUUGAAGAACAGUUUUUUAAACAAACAGGAAGAAGUCCACAAAAGGAAGACAGGAUACCAAUGGCAGAUGAAUACUAUGAAUACAAGCACAUAAAAGCCAAACUGAGGCUAUUAGAGGUCCUCAUCAGCAAGCAAGAUGUGGCUAAAACUAUUUGAGGUUCAGAAAAUCUCUAUGAUCACUUUUCAUCCAAGAUAAAGUCAAGCUUAUUUUCCUCUGCCUUUCUUGAUAAGUAGUUUUGACAUACUGAAAAGGGAAGCACUUUAGUGGUAGUAUUAGCUG